UUCUUGUGCUGACACAUCGAAUCUCGCAUGUAUCCACAUCCCACUUUCCGAGAAAUGCCUUCUCACAGGCAUCCUGUCCCACUUUCUUUUCAAGAAACUCUCCCGUUGAAUUCCCCAUUCUUCGAAAUCAGGUGGGGCAGAGAGUUUCACUCAAUGCCAUGACGCCAGUUGACCUUUUGACAGUCUCGGCCGAGGAGCUGUCAUCCCUUUUGGAUUCUAAGGUGUUAACAACCGAAGGACUCGUAGAGGAUUACUUUGCCCAGAUCGACCGGCACAAUCAUGAUGGAAUGAAUAUUAGAGCGGUCAUUUCUGCUGCACCUCGUGAGUCUACUCUGCAACUUGCCCGCCAACUGGACAAGGAGCGUGAAGAAAUCGGUGCGCGAGGGCCACUACAUGGGAUUCCAGUGCUCGUUAAGGAUGUUUUCUUCACGCCGAGCCUGGGAAUGCCUACAACGUUAGGCUCUGCUGCUUUCAUAGAUGCAAUAGCACCUCGAGAUGCGGAUAUCGUAAGCCGUUUGCUAAAGGCCGGAGCCAUUAUCAUUGGAAAGGCUAAUCUUUCGGAACUCGGAGCUAUGAAAGGAGAAGGCCUCAAGGCCGGGUGGUCAGUAACCGGUGGACAAACGCAGUCACCAUAUGUGCGCGGCGGUAUAACACCUAAUGCUACAAUGCUGGGUCACAGUACUCCUGCGGGCUCUUCUGCGGGUUCUGCGGCUGGUAUAGCCGCGGGAUUUGCUGCGCUCGGUGUUAGCACCGAAACAGAUGGGUCUACUGUACAGCCAGCUACUCGGGCAGCUCUUUACGGAUUAAAAGCGACCCUAGGAAGUGCGCCGACAUGGGGGAGCCAGCCAAUUACUCCCAUAUUUGACUCCAUAGGUGGUAUGGCAAAGACGCCCUCAGACCUUGCCAACCUCAUGGAAGUCCUUCAAGAGAAACGUUACGCCGAGUUCCUAACUAAAUCAUGGGAAGGACUCAAGAUAGGGUUCGUGGAUCCGGCGCUCUGGCAGCCAGCGCCAUUUGUCGUCGAGCCGGUUCCAGAGUUUACAGCGCAGAGUAAUGAAGCCUUUGCUUCCGCUGUGGAAAGGAUUCGGGGAAAGGGGGCGAAGGUAGUAGAAAACGUGCCCUUAAUCACCCUCCCAGAGGUGUUUGAAAAUGGAGUUGAGGGAGUUUUCGAUACAGACUCAUUGAUGGAUGGUGACAUGAGAAGGGCGUUUGGGGACUUCUUGGCCGAAUUCGAAGGCUUUGAGAUAAAAACACUCGCGGAUCUUGUGAAGUGGAACGAGGACCACGCAGAAGUAGAGCUUCCGCCAGAGGCUCCAAGCCAGAGUUAUCUCAUCGACGCCCUAAACAAUAAAAUGACCCAGGAAACUUUCAACGCUGGCGUAGAGCAUAUGCGCAGGCGGUCGAGGGAGAAGAUAUUACAAACUUUAGGCGAGUUUGACGUUGAUGUCAUACUUGGCCCUGCCGAUGCUCGUAUGGCAAGUGUUGCUGCUUGUGCCGGGUAUCCUAUUGCGACCGUUCCCCUCGGUUUCGCCGAAUUCAAUGGCAGGGCCUUUGGAUUGAAUAUAAUUGCGCCUUCAAAUGCAGAAGGAAAGAUCUUACAGGUGAUGAGCGCCUGGGAAGGAACUAUUCCCGAGGGAAGAGCACCACCUCCUUUGUUGGUGAACUGGACGUCCGGGGACUCUCAGAGUCCCCAUCCUUAGGGAACGAGGCUUUAGCACAGCCAAGUU